AUGGUGACGUGGCAAGACAAAAUGAGAAGAGUCGAGAGACCAAACUUGUUUAGUUUUGUCUGUGGGCCGAGGAAAGGGUUGGAGAAAGCAGCCAUUAGAGACGAACUGAUCAAACAAUGCAACGACUCGAGCCGUUGUGAGCUUCUCAAGUGUGAAAGUGGAGGGUCCAGGUGUCACGAUCCAAUGACGGUAUUAGGAGUAAUGGCUCGGUCACGGUUUUGUCUACAAGCACCAGGUGACUCGUUCACGCGUAAGUCAACGUUCGACGCAAUAUUAGCCGGAUGCAUACCGGUGUUUUUUUCACCACACACUAUGUAUACACAGUAUACGUGGUAUCUUCCGGACGAGAGAAGAAGUUACUCUGUGUUUAUGGACGAAAAGAACAACACUACUCAAAUAGAACAAGAGCUUUCGAGGAUCUCGGAGGAGGAGGUUGUUCAAAUGAGGGAGACUGUCAUUGGUUGGAUCCCAAGAUUGACCUAUGCACACCCGAACACGACUAACUAUGGUUUGCCAGAUGCGGUUGAUGUAGCGUUAGUGGCAUUGGCUAAGCAAGCUAGGAUCAAGCACCUUUUAUUUGUAAGGGCCUAA